AUGUCGACAAAACUCCCUACAUACUUCAUCGGCCAUGCCGGAGUCGCUGCUCUCUUCUUUGAGAACCAGAAGCCUCUACAUGCGGGCUUUCGGGCGAUAGGAAAAGAGAUCAAAGCCCUCAACCCUGAUGCCAUUGUCAUUACCAGUGGGCACUUUCAAAGUCCCAAUGAUGUAAUCCAGGUCAAUCUCCAGGAGCCAACCAAGGUCUGGCAUGAUUUUGCGGUUGACUGGCAUCCGACUUAUCCCCACGUCUACGAAUAUGAUUAUCCGCACCAGUCGUCAAGGGCACUGGGAGAGAAGGUGCUGCGCCAUCUCAAGGACCAGGGGAUUCAAGCUGAGCCUGUCUACCGUGAUCUGGAUCAUGGAGUCUGGGUGCCCUUUAAGCUGAUGUUCCCUGAAGGAGAAGAUGAGCUGGAGAUACCCAUUCUAGAGGUGUCAACCUAUGAUGGCGAUGACUAUCAGAAGCACCUCCGCCUAGGCGAGGCCCUUGCUUCCUUGGGCGAGCGCAUUCUCAUCAUCGGCUCCGGCAUGCUGGUCCAUAACCUCGAUGCUAUGCGCAACAAAUCAGACGUUAUAGAGGUCGCCCAGUCUAUUGAGGCCGAGACGGUGCAUGCCCUGGCGUCGCGUACGCCCGAAGAACGCACAAAGAGACUGCUGCAGCUGCAGCAACGCGACGACUGGCAACGCGCCCAUCCCACGGACGAGCAUAUCCUACCGUUGUAUAUUACGCUGGGAGUAGGACGGGAUCUGGAGGGGCAUCGCGUGUGGAACACUGACCAGUGCACCAUUGGGCAAUCUUUUACUUGCUUUAGAUUAGGAAAUAUCAUAUAG